AUGCCGCCAUUGCGCCAGCUUUCCGUUGUACUGCAAGCCCUUAGAAAAAGGCCGAUAGAAAUAGCAGGGACGCGCAAGUAUGCUCGUGUUUUUGUUAGGAGCUGUUCGUGCUCUGCGCUGCAGCAAUUGCAGCACACGGUGACUGUCUCAUCUGAACCACCCACCAAUGCGCAACUGAACACUACGACUGCUGCUCCACCCGCACCUCCCACGGAUCACCGAACGCUUGCGCAGACCCAUAAUCUGUUCAUUACAUCGCCGUACAGUCCCGGUUCGCCACUGAUCCUCCCAAAUGGCGCCUACGUGUUCCAGAAACUCCAGUCAUUUCUUCGCGCGCAGUACCCACAGUUCGGCUUUCAAGAAGUCAUCACGCCGAUAAUAUACAAAAAGUCGCUAUGGGAGAAGUCGGGACAUUGGGAGAACUAUGCUGAAGACAUGUUCAGUGUCCAGGGACGAGGGACAACCGCGCAAAUACCAGAAGCAGAGGGCGGCGAGGAUGGCGAGUUUGGGCUGAAGCCAAUGAACUGCCCAGGCCACUGCUUGCUGUUCAGGGAUGAGAUCAAGAGCUACAGGGACUUGCCAGUCAGGCUCGCAGACUUCAGCGCCUUACAUCGGAACGAGAUCUCAGGCGCACUUACGGGCCUGACGAGGGUCCGACGCUUUCAUCAAGACGAUGCGCACAUCUUCUGUCGGCCAGACCAGAUCUUGGCAGAAAUUGAGCAGACACUCAAGUUUGUGGCUAUGGUAUAUAGGACGUUUGGUCUGGGUCCCUACAAACUACUCUUAUCGACCCGGCCAAAAGACAACUUCAUUGGCACAGUAGAGGAAUGGGAUCGUGCAGAAGAGCAGCUCACUACAGCACUGAACAAUAUCGGAAGCGAGUGGGCCAUCAACGAAGGAGACGGUGCCUUUUACGGCCCCAAGAUCGACAUCAUCUUGAAAGAUUCAAACGGCAAAGAGCACCAGACGGCCACCAUACAGCUUGAUUUCCAGUUGCCGCAGCGAUUUGAUCUGCAGUACCAAGCAUCACCCGAAGAGCUAGAGGCAGGAUCACAGACGUCCAUGGAUGCGGGCCUUGAUCCCACACUCCGCCGGCCGGUCAUUGUACAUCGCGCCAUCUACGGUUCCAUCGAGCGCUUCAUGGCUCUCCUGAUCGAGCACUACGUCGGCAAGUAUCCGUUCUGGCUCUCACCUCGUCCCGCAAUCAUUCUCUCCCUCAACAAUAAUGCUGAAGUCCUUGAACACGUGUCUCGCGUUCAGUCCGUGCUAUCAGGUCUAAAGGCAGCAGACCCACCAUCACAAGUAUCAACAUCCUCGCCAAAGCCUCUACCUCUAUCAACAAUCCAACUUCCUGUUGAUGUUGAUACCAGUAGUCGUCCGCUUGCGAAGAAGAUUGCAGAGGCUAGAUCGAAAAAGUACAAUCAUAUUAUCGUUGUUGGUGGCAACGAGGUACAGACUGGCAGUGUUAAUAUGCAGGUCGUGAAUCAGCCCAAUCCUGAGGCGACGUUCCGGGAGUUACAAGAGGCACGUGGAACAGAAGUUACUGAAAAGGAGCAACGGAAAGGAGCGAACAUGUCGUUGAAUGACGCUAGGACGUAUUUCGAGCGAUUAGCUAAUUCCUUCCUAUAA